CGCUGCACGUCCGGGCUCGCCAAAAGACCUAGACGAAGCAGAGCCAAUCGGUGCGUUCCUGAGUGCUACGAGCAGGCUAAAGAUCACGGUGAAGCCGACGAGUGGAGUCGCGAGAGCCCUUCCCUUCUCUCACGUCACGCGAGGAGGUCAGGAACAACUUGCUCGGUGAAUUCAUAACCACGGCGAAAUUACACGCACGCCUUGCUACAUGAGAGUUCGGGCCUGCCUAAGAGGGGACGAAUUCUACGAGGAAUCGAGUCUGCGUUCUCCUGGGUAAUCCAUCCCCAAAGCACCCAGAUUGCGAUUGGCCUUAUCCAGGCAGGAGAGAGAGCAGCCGGAGAAAGAGCGCGGUGAGGACGAUAAGUGGACUCUGGCGGCUGACGUAAGCCUUCGAAUUAUUCCCGUCGCACCUCCGAAUUUCCAUCUUCGCGGCAGCUCCACUGUCCGAGGUCCAUAGUGCGACGCGGCGACGGACAUGGCAAGCAGCAGCGGUGGCAGCAGCAGCAGCAGCACCCUGCUGCGGACGGCAUCGUACCGUACGCUGCUGCGGUAUGCGCCACACGCCGUCUCGCACAAUCGCGCCGCAUCGUCGAACCUGCGCCGUGCGAUCCGGAACAACAUCGAGUCUGCGCCCGACGCUGCGCUGCCUCGUUUCGUCACGGACUGCCUCGCGCUCUUUCUGGCCUCGUGCAAGCGCGACGAUGCCGAUGGCGACGUCGGCAGCCGGCAAAGGAACGGCCUCGCACGGCGGCUGUGCACCAACAUUGCCUCGCUGCAGUACCACCACUACUCGUAUGACGUCGUCAUGAGUCGGCCCGGCGGGCGCAGCCGGAUGGGCGGCACGCACACGCUGGCGCUGCGGCGGCGGCGCGGCAACCCGGCGCCCUCGACGACGGGCGUGCCCCUCGAGGAGGUCCUGCCCUCGCUCACGGUGCCGGCCAAGCCGCGCCGAGGCCCGCACCCGGGCCCGCCAGACGCGCGCUUGCUCCGGCCCCAGCGCUGGGACGGGCAGGUCGAGGCAAGGCGCAAUGGCCUGCUGCAGGUGCAGCUCCUCGAGGCCGACUUGCAGCGCAUCGAGGCCCAGCUGGCGCGCGUGCAACAACAAUCGCAGCAUCAGAGAGAUGCACUAGUCAAGGAGCAGACGCAGCUGGCCAAGCAGAAGCGCGUGGCCGAGAAGCAGCUGGACAAGCACGAUGCGCACCUGGCCAUUGCUGCGCGCUCCCGGACGCUGCUUUCGGACGCCCUCCAAGCUGCGCGCGGUGGCCAGGGUCUACCCCUGAUGCCUGGGCGAUGACACGCAGAGAGAGAGAAUGUUCUAUUAAUUGUAUAACGCC